AUCAUUGUUUGAUCAAAUGAGGUCGAUACUGUUUCUUUGUAAUUUUUUUCUAGCCGUUUUCUGUGAACUAAGAUCUCAAACGGUUAGGAUAUCUCAAGGUUCAGUGCGCGGAUACGAAGACCCGGAAGAAGGAAUAUUUAUUUUUUAUAAUGUGCCCUACGCCACGACGCCUAAAGGGCCAAAUAAGUUCAAGGCACCGUUACCAGCCCCUGUUUGGAAUGGAACAUUCGAAGCAAUAAAUAGACAAAUAGUAUGCCCACAGAGCGAUUUAAUUGGAAUUUUGCCAGAAUACAAAAUUAAAGACGAAGAAUGUCUGGUCGCUAAUAUCUAUGUACCCGAUACGAAAGAAGAUAAUCUACCUGUCGUUGUAUACAUUCAUGGAGGGGCGUUUGUAUUUGGAUGGGGAGACUUAUUCACUUUCAGAAAGUUUGUGAGAAACCAGAAUAUUAUAGUAGUGUCGUUUAAUUAUAGAUUAUCAGCUCAUGGCUUUUUAUGUCUUGGAACCGAAGAUGCACCCGGAAAUGCUGGUAUGAAGGACCAGAUCGCUUUGUUAAGGUGGGUUAAAAAUAAUAUAAAGAAUUUUGGUGGGAAUCCUGAUGACGUUACUAUACACGGAUGCAGCGCUGGAGCCACUUCGGUGGAUCUAUUGGUCCUUUCAAAAAUGGCAAAAGGUCUAUUCAAAAGAGGUGUGGCUGACAGUGGAAUAGGAAUAGCUAGCUAUGCUGUUCAACUAAAUCCUAUUGAUAACGCAAAAAAGUAUGCUAAAUUCUUGGGAUAUAAAGGUAACGACGACAUUUCUUCCUUAACAUCUUUUUAUAAAAGCCUCCCAUAUGAAAAACUCAAUUCAGUACAAGUUAUGACCAAUACGGAUUAUUCUCUAUACAUGACGCCAUGUGUAGAGAGAGAUUUAGGAGAGGAAAUGUUUCUUGAUGAUAGUCCAUACAAUAUAUUGAAAAACGGAAGUUAUAUCAAAGUCCCAAUGUUAUAUGGAUUCUCUGAAAUGGAAGGUUCGUUUCGUUUGCCACAAUUUCAUCUAUGGGAAAGAGAAAUUAAUGCAAAUUUUUCAAAUUUUCUGCCUCUUGAUUUAGAAUUUAAGAAUUUCAGUGAAAAAGAAUUGAUAGCGAAUAAAGUGAAGAAUUACUAUUUUGGUGACAAAACCAUAGGAAGAGAAACAAUAUUUAACUUCGUUAACUUUUCCACCGACAUAUUUAUCACAUACAAUAUGAUAAAGCAAGUCAAACUGCAUUUAGAAGCAGGACAUGACCAGAUUUACUUCUAUGAAUAUGUAUAUAGUGAUAAUGCCACCGACAACUCUCCGUUUACGGAAGUAAGAGGUGCAUCGCACUGCUCACAAACCUUCGCAGUUAUGGAUGGGUUUUAUAACUUCGUUAGUAUUCCCUAUGACGAAAAAUUGAUUCCAAAUGAAAUGAUUGGAAUUAAGGAGAUGAUGAGGAAAAUAUAUGGAAACUUUAUGAAAACCGGGCGUCCAAUAGGAACAGAUUCCGAUUUGCCGCAAUGGACUCCAAUGAGUUGUGAAUGGUCAGAGUUUAUGACAAUUAAUCGAACGGUACAAUUAAGGAAAUCUUUCACUUCUGAGAGUACUUCUUUUUGGGACAAAAUCUAUGAGAUAUAUUUUAAAGGUCCAAAACCACCUCAGAUAGAUUAAAUCGAAUUUUACAUUUAAUAAGACUUAACAUCUUAGUUAUACUCUUAAGACUAAACAUGUAUUCUGUUCUUUAUUUGUACAUUACUAUUAUCUUUAUGACAUUACAAUGAUUACAACAUAAAUAAUAAUUUGAUGAUAAAAACUCUCAAAACGUUCUUAAUUACUUUAACGUAAUAGCAAUUAUAUUUUUUGUAAUAAGA